GUUUUAAUUAGUUCUGAAAGGUUUUAGCGUAGUCAAAUAAUCCCCAGUUUCUGGGUCUUUAUUCUGUCUCAGAUUCAGAAAGAUGACUGCAGAUUUGACCGAUGAGAGUCUCUUUCCUAUUGCUAUUCUUAUUGAUGAGUUAAGAAAUGAGGAAAUGCAAACUCGUCUGGCUAGCAUCAGAAAACUUACUACUAUUGCUCUUGCACUUGGUCCAGAGAGGACAAGAACAGAAUUGGUUCCAUUCCUAACCGAUACCAUAUAUGAUGAGGAUGAGGUACUUAGGGAAAUGGCCAAACAAUUGGCAGACUUUGUUCCAUUGGUUGGAGGACCUGAAUAUGUCCAUUGUCUUCUACCACCAUUGGAAGGACUUGCAUCUGCUGAAGAAACGGUUGUGCGGGAUAAAGCUGUGGAGACGUUGCGAACACUUGCACCUAGUUUCUCAUCCAAGGAUUUGGAAACUCACUUUCUGCCACUGAUCAAGCGUUUGGCAACAGGUGACUGGUUUACUAGCCGUACUUCUGCUUGUGGACUGUUUAGCGUGAUUUAUCGACAGUCUUCUACUGCUGUCCGUGCAGAACUGCGUCGCGCCUUUAAGCAGCUUUGCACUGACGAUACUCCUAUGGUCAGGCGUGCAGCUGCUAACCGUCUCGGGGAACUAGCUCGUUGUUUGGAACUAGAUGCGUUACGUUCGGACCUGUUACCGCUAUUACCUCCUCUUUCCCAACAGGAUGAUCAGGACUCUGUACGAUUACUGGGUGUGAAUGCGUCAGUAGAUUUCGCUGAAGUUCUUCCUACUGAAGAUGUCUUGACACACAUCAUUCCUCUUAUAAGAGGAGCUGCAGAAGAUAAAUCUUGGCGAGUCCGUUAUCAAUUAGCUGAUCACAUUACUGAUCUACAGGCUGCAGUAAAACCCCAACUUGCUGGACAGCACUUGGUAGACGUUUACCAGAUCCUUCUCAAAGAUCCAGAAGGAGAAGUUCGCGCAGCGGCUGCAGGCAAACUGAAGAAGUUUGCUUCGUCUCUAGCCCCUGAUAUUCGUGAAUCCGUAAUUAUGAAAACAUUGUUACCUAUCAUUCGGGAAAUGGUCGGUGAAACUAAUUUACAGGUAAAAACGGCUCUGGCCGGUGUCAUGAUGGCUUUAGCUCCGCUGCUUGGCAAGGAGAAUACAUUAGAACAUCUUCUUCCAUUACUGUUGAUUCAAUUAAAGGACGAAAAUCCAGAUGUCCGUUUGAAUAUUAUAUCUAAUUUAGAGUGUGUAAAUCAAAUUAUGGGAAUUACCCAACUUAGUCAAAGUCUACUUCCUGCUAUUGUUGAAUUGGCCAGUGAUACAAAGUGGCGUGUUCGUCUAGCAAUAAUUGAGUAUAUGCCACUAUUAGCAAGUCAACUUGGUUUGCAAUGUUUUAACGAGCGACUCACAAAUUUAUGCUUGGGUUGGCUAGUAGACGAUGUAUACGCUGUACGUGAAGCAGCUGUAACAAAUUUACGAAAACUUAUGGAUCAAUUUGGAGUCGAUUGGGCCAGUUCUCAAAUCAUCCCUCGUGAAUAUUUAUCUGCUCUGUCUGCUUCAAGAGGACUAGACUGCAAAUGACGUAGAGAAUUGAGCAGAACAAAUUUAUUAUGUUAUGUCAAGGUCAAACGAGUUUCAAGCUUCUGUUAAAUCCAUGUGUUUUCAUAAUGCCGUAUUUUGCAUACAGUCUAUGGUCAUUGGGAUUUUACUACGAACUGAAAUCUCCAGUCCAAGGAAUUAUUGUUUACCUGUUUGUGAUUUGCCUACAUAUACACUGGUGUGAGUUUUCGACGUACUUACUGUCUUAUGGUCUUUUAACUCUCAUAGUUAAUCUUAUUUUAUUGUUUGAAAAAUGUUCAUUCCAUACACAUGAAGCUUCAGUACCAACGCUACUUCUAAAAGCACUGGUAAGUAAAUAAGCAACUAAAUUAAAUGUAGGCAUUUAAAUAAUGGUUUGGUGAUAUUUGGCAGGUCACACUGUAGUCAAUUAUUACCUGUACACUGCUAAAUUAGUUUUGGUCAUUUCAGUGUUCUAGACCCAGAUUAUUUUACUGCACUCUUGAGCCGAAAGUUUUCGAUACAGUGGUCUGAUUUCUUACUUCAUGUGGUUACAAUUUUUGUGUUGGUAUCAAAUGAUAUUUGUUAUUGACGUAGUUGAAUUCAGAUAUCAGAAUAUAUGUUUAGCUCUUCAGAAAUAAAUUAUCGUCUCUGUCGGUUGAUAAGUGUUUAACUGUAACAAAUCAUGUGGUUUUGGAGGUUAUUCUAGUCAUAGUUUAAUUGUUUUGCUUUUAUUCCAUGUAUGUCACCAUAGUGUCACUUUAUUUGUUAAACAAUCACUACAUGAAAUACUGACUAACAUGAAGAUACGUUCUGUUCAAAUAUCUGGGAAAAUUUAUAAGUCUAUGUAAAGGUUAGCUUAUCAAUUCAUUAAAAUACCACAAGUAAAUUCACACAAAAUGCAUCAAACUUUUUCACGGUUAUUUUUAAUAUAAUGAUGCCAAGCAACCAAAUAUUUGACAAUUAUACAUUACUUUCUAAAAAAAAUUUACAGCUCAUACAACUCUCUUACGAUCCCAACUAUCUUCGUCGAAUGAUUUGUUUGGCAUCCCUUCAUCAGCUAGGUGAAGCUCAGUCUUGUCGGUCGGAAUUACUGCAGAAACAUUUACUUCCUACUAUAGUUCAACUGGGUCAAGAUCCUGUGCCAAAUGUUCGUUUCAAAGUUGGUCAAAUUUUGGGCAAAAUUGGCCAUCUUCUGGAUGCAUCGACUAUACAGACAUUUGUUAAACCAACGUUAGAAAAACUGGGCUCUGAUACAGAUCCAGAUGUUGUUUAUUAUGCCAAAGAAUCUAGCGAAUUACUUCAUCUUUCAGGAAGAUGAAAGCCAUGUCAAGAAACCACACGCGUUUUAUGCACAGGAUAAUUAUGAUAUUUAAAUACAUGUAAAUUGACAGCAUAUCUGGUACCUUACUUCCAGAGUAGUGAUGCCCUAUUAAUAAAGUAAAUGUGAGCUUGUGUGUUUGUGGUUCUUGUUCAAUUGUGUCUGUGUAUGUGCCUUAACGUAAACUAGUUGCAUAUGUUCGUAUUAAUUAUUAAAUUCUGUUCUCAUUAUUAUUUUGAAGAAAACGAUAAGGGAAGUGCAUGUCGUCGUUUAAUUUAUUUAUUGUCAACUGCAUGAAAGUAGCUUGCUUUCAUAAAGCAAAACUCAAAUGUUUGUGAUUCAUCUUUUCUUUUUUAUUCAAUAAAACGUCGGAAUACAA